UAAUCAGAUACGGAUAAUAUCCGUUUAAAACGGAUGCGGAUAUUUCCUUUUCAAAUGGAUACGGAUGCGGACGAUAAUCAAAUUUUCUGUAUCAGUUGCUCUUUCAGUAGGCCUAGAAUUUUAGGCCUGAUAAACGAGGUAGAUACUCAGGUAUUAGCCGGAUUACCCGAGAGGAUGCCUCAGGCGCCCUAACUGGGAUAAUUCCAUCGGAAGAAAAUGAGCAAACACCAAUAGAGAGAGUUCCAAUGAGCCACCCGCUUCUCCAAGAACGUCUCGAACUCCAGCAGCGCCUGCCUCCUUGCGUACGCGUCUCAAGAUCCCGGAAUCCAUUAAACAACCACAGCUUCGAGCAGAACUACAGAACAUGCUGCACUAUCCUCCUCUCCCUGACCCGCUCGAGGUGCCUUCCCAAGGGCUUGGCCUUGCACGCCCACAUCAUCAAGUCCGGAAUUAACUCUGUUCCACUAGUUUGCCAUCACCUCAUAAACUUCUACUCCAAGCUCCAGCGCCCAUUUGAGUCUACGCUCGUCUUUGGCGAAGCCCCCCUCAAGUCAUCCACCACAUGGAGCUCUGCCAUCUCUUCGCUGGCCCAGAACGAGGCUCCUGGUAUGGCACUUCAGUAUUUUCGUGAAAUGAUACGCUCUGGUAUCCGACCUGAUGAUCACACUUUCCCGUGUGCAAUCAAAUCUUCGGCCAUGUUUUUGGAUCAUCAUCUGGGGGGGAUGAUACAUUGCUUUUCAGUGAAGACUGCAUUCGAUUUGGAUGUUUUCGUUGGCAGUUCUGUGGUGGAUAUGUAUGCAAAAUGCGGGAAGAUAGAUAUGGCCCGUAACAUGUUUGACGAAAUGCCUGAGAGGAAUGUCGUUUCUUGGAGUGGGAUGAUAUGUGGGUAUGGUAUGAUGGGCGAGACUGACGAGGCUUUAUGUCUCUUCAAGCUUGCUUUGGAAGAAGGUUUAGGUGUGAAUGACUUCACGUAUUCAAGUGUGAUUCGGGUGUGUGGGACUUCCACCCUGCUUGAGUUAGGGAGGCAGAUACAUGGGCUGUGCUUGAAAACAAGCUAUGAUUUGUCAAGUUUUGUGGGAACUUCGUUAAUAUCUCUGUAUUCUAAGUGCGGACUCGUGGAGGGUGCUUAUCAAGUUUUCAAUGAGGCGCCAGUCAAGAAUUUGGGCAUGUGGAAUGCAAUGUCAAUAGCCUGUGCUCAACACGGGCACACCAACAAGGUUUUGAACUUGUUCAAACAAAUGGAGAGAGAUGCUGGAAUGAAGCCGAAUUUCAUCACAUUUUUGUGUGUGCUCUAUGCUUGUAGUCAUGCGGGGCUAGUUCAAGAAGGGAAAUACUAUUUCAAGUUAAUGAAAGAUUACGGUAUUGAGCCAGGGGAUCAGCAUUAUGCUUCGCUUGUUGACUGCCUUGGCCGAGCUGGAAACUUACAAGAAGCCUUAAAAGUGAUUGAAGAAAUGCCCAUGAAACCUACUGAGUCUGUUUGGGGAGCAUUAUUGACUGGUUGUCGCAUCCAUCGAGACACUGACCUGGCAGCUUAUGUGGCUGAUAGAGUUUUCGAGCUGGGGCCCGUGAGCCCAGGCCUGCAUGUGCUAUUAUCAAAUACUUAUGCAGCUGCUGGUAGAUAUGAAGAUGCAGCCAAAUCUAGGAAGAUGUUGCAGGAAGGAGGUGUGAAAAAGGAAACAGCUUUGAGCUGGGUUGAAGAAAGAAACCGGACGCACACGUUUGCUACAGGUGAUAGGCGACAUGAAAGAUAUAAGGAGAUCUAUCAAAAGCUAGAAGAAUUAGGAGAUGAAAUGGAGAAGGCCGGUUAUGUUGCAGAUACAAAUUUUGUGUUGCAACAAGUGGGUGACCAAGAGAGGAGUGAGGCUAUAAGAUAUCAUAGUGAACGAAUAGCCAUUGCUUUUGCACUUAUAACAAUUCCACCAGAAAGGCCAAUUAGAGUUAUGAAAAAUUUGCGUGUUUGCGGCGAUUGUCACAAUGCAAUUAAAUUUAUGUCCAAGUGCACGGGGAGAAUAAUGAUUGUGAGGGAUAACAAUCGGUUUCAUCGGUUUGAGAAUGGAAACUGCACAUGUGGUGACUAUUGGUGAUUGUUAGACUCAUAAGCUUCUCAUGUUCUUGGUGAAGUGUUAAGUCCUUAAUUAUGUACUUCAUUUCUAAAGGAUUUUAAGACGUUAGAGCAUUUUGUACUUAAAUGAAAUAAACAAAUUUUCUAAUAAUGCACAAAAAUUUGA